UCGCGCCAGUCGAUAAAAAAACUUCGACCGUGUUGGACGGGAAAACUCGGUUCGGCGGCUAUGCGGGUAUUUUUAAUCUAAGCCAUCAAAAUCCACAGCUACAGUGCAUUAAAUCGAUCGGAAAGUCGAGGCAAUAUUUCUGAAAGUGUAUACAAAUCGCUGGCAUCGUAGUCGUUAAUUGCAAAAAGCUUCUCAAAGUAAAGUAAAUCGCGAGCAUUAGCAAUCUAGAGUGUUAAACCAAAUGUUAGUCUAAGCCUAAAGUGUAAAACUAGUUUAAGACCCCCAAAACAAAGAAAUCAAACCGCAAAAUCGCAAACGUGUUAAGACCUUAACCUAAACGCGUCAAAGCCAAACGCCUUAAUAAACAACAACUCCAGCAGCCAAGGAUAACCAGCGAAGAGAAAGAGAGCUCCUGCGAGAAGCUCUCUUUGGCGCCGAAGGAGCAACAAUUUCAUCCGCACCGUUGCCCAGUAACUCGGCAAAAUAGCUAAGUCCAUUUUGCAGUUCCUUAAAAAGAAAAAGUCCCAUCAUAGUUCGACAUCCGGCGAGGGCAAGCUACAAGCGCAGUCCAGUUGCGAGGAGGAGGGCGGAACGGCAGCGGGAGGAGCGGGAGCGGCAGCGGGACCCCCAACGGACCAGGCUAGCAGCAGCAGGAGUACGCCCCCCGCAGCCACGACCACGCCCUGUUCGGGGGCGGAAUCAGGCGCCAACAGCGGAGGAGGAGGAGCAGUAGCAGGGGCCAGCAGCUCCGGCGAAGAUCAGGCUCAGGUUUCGGCCAGCGCCACUUUCCGGCUGUCAUCCCUAACGGGCACCAUCUCCAAAAUGGGCAACAACGCCACCACGUCAAACAAGAAGGUCGACGCCGCCGAGACGGUCAAGGAGUUCCUCGAACAGGCUAAGGAGGAGUUCGAGGACAAGUGGCGCCGCAAUCCGACCAACACCGCCGCCCUCGAUGACUUCGAACGGAUCAAGACCCUGGGCACCGGGUCCUUUGGCCGCGUCAUGAUCGUUCAGCACAAGCCCACGAAAGACUACUACGCCAUGAAGAUCCUCGACAAGCAGAAGGUGGUCAAGCUGAAGCAGGUGGAGCAUACGCUGAACGAGAAGCGCAUCCUGCAGGCCAUCCAGUUCCCCUUUCUCGUCUCGCUGCGCUACCACUUCAAGGACAACUCCAACCUGUACAUGGUGCUGGAGUACGUCCCCGGUGGCGAGAUGUUCUCGCAUCUGCGCAAGGUGGGCCGCUUCUCGGAGCCGCACUCGCGCUUCUACGCGGCACAGAUCGUGCUGGCCUUCGAGUAUCUGCACUACCUGGACCUCAUCUACCGCGAUCUGAAGCCGGAGAACCUGCUGAUCGACUCGCAGGGCUACCUCAAGGUGACGGACUUCGGAUUUGCCAAGCGGGUCAAGGGUCGCACUUGGACGCUGUGCGGCACGCCCGAGUACCUGGCCCCGGAGAUCAUUCUGUCCAAGGGCUACAACAAGGCCGUCGACUGGUGGGCGCUGGGCGUGCUCGUCUACGAGAUGGCCGCUGGCUAUCCGCCGUUCUUUGCGGAUCAGCCCAUCCAGAUCUACGAGAAGAUCGUCUCCGGCAAAGUGCGCUUCCCGUCGCACUUUGGUUCCGAUCUGAAGGACCUGCUGCGCAAUCUGCUGCAGGUGGACCUGACCAAGCGCUACGGCAAUCUGAAGGCGGGCGUCAAUGAUAUUAAGAACCAGAAGUGGUUCGCCUCCACCGACUGGAUUGCGAUCUUCCAAAAGAAAAUCGAGGCGCCGUUCAUUCCGCGGUGUAAGGGUCCCGGCGACACGAGCAAUUUCGAUGACUACGAGGAGGAGGCGCUACGGAUCUCCAGCACCGAGAAGUGUGCCAAGGAGUUUGCUGAAUUCUAAAGAAGCUCUUCGCCAGUCAGCCCAAAUCCCCUCGUUCUGCAGGCGUCUGCAACUGCAAUUGUAUCUGCUACUGCAAUUGUAUCUGCAACUGCUCCUGCUGUUGCCACCGCCGUGGCAUCGCGGACCACGUCCUCAUCGUCGUUGUCGUCGUCUUGUCUAUAUGUCUACUACUUACAACUACAACAACUGUAACAGCCACCCACAAAACAACAACUACUACCACAUCUGCGUCUAUCUGGACAUCUGUAUGUCUGCAUCUACUCCACAUCCACACUUUUGUCAACAUUGGAUUCCUCACCACACACAACAAUUUACAUCAACCAUUUCCCUACGUCUUCAUGUGGGACCCAGUCGGAACAAUCUUUUCAUCUUGUGUGUGAAGCUUGGUGGAAGGACUUGGAAGACUUGAAGAUUUAAAAUCCGGAUACCGAAACAAGAUAUAGAAACCGAUAAAAUAAUGACUUACACAUUAAUAUUCAUUCAUAACAUAUAGCGUAUUUAACCACGAGACUACAGAUAUUUAGUUGUAAACGUAGCUUAGUCUUAACUAAAGAAUUCAAGAGAAACCGAUAAAGAACCAGCAAUAGAAGCGAAAGUAAAGGGAAGACACUGAAAAAAAAACAACAGAGAAUACAUAAGAGGAAAUCCAGGAGAAUUGUCAUCUAAGCCAGGGCAAAAGAAUUUCAUUUAAUUUCGAUCGAUUCAGGUCGGUCUCUCAGUCAGCUGCAGCAACAACAUCAAGUUGAGAGUAUAAAACGCUUUAAUAAUUUUUAAAUUAAAUACAAAACGUUAAAAUUAACACAAAAAUUAUGGCGCACGCAGUGUGCUUGACAAAAAAAAAAGCAACAUCAACAGGAAAACAAAGUAGCAGGCAAAUCUUGCGAUAAAUUAAAGGUGUAAUAUGUACGGGAGUAGAGCAGAAACGAGUUGAGGCCCUUAGAAAAACACAAAAAGCAAAAGUCGCUGCCGAAUGAGGACACUUGCCGGCCAGGUGACCAGUGUGUGUGUGUGAAAUCAGUCCGGAGUUGACACGCCGCCCCACUGGACGCCCUAAUGCCCCCCGCCUUUCCGCUAAGCGAGCUUGCGUUCAAGUAGCCCCGACGAUUUGGCGUCUUUACCGUAGACAUGUCUCUAGAUAUUUAUAUAUAUUCGCGUAUAUAAAUGUUGUACAAUCAGCGACGACGUGCAACAAUAAACCAAUCGCCCGACCCGGAUCACGAACAGAACCAUAUUCGAUAGCAGAAACAGAACAUUAUUCAUUUCAACAGUGGCACCUAAACAAAUGCACACUCACUCAUAAAUAGUUGUCCAUCCAACAUCCACUAUUCGCAAGGAACCACAUCAACUACUCAAAACUCUAAAGUAUAAACACUAAAGCAAGUGAAGGUAACAAAAAAGAAACAUUUGAAACGCAGCAAGAAAUAUAUAAAGAAAAAAAAACAAAAUCUAAAUGUUUACAUUUAAGACACAUAAAACAAAAAAGAAAGAAAACAAAAGCAAAAAAAAAAAAUCAACUGAAAUUUGUGUGUAUAAAACGUAUAAAACUUAGCAUUAAUGAAAUUAAAGAAGAAGCGAA